AUGGAUGACGACAAGUUUGAUCUGUACAGUGACGAUCUGUACUCGGACGUGCUAGGCAAACCCGAAGACGAGCAGUCCAUCAAGGUAGAUCCCGACGAAGCCGAGCCCGCAUCCACCUCGUCCAAACGUCAACGUGCCGACUCUAUCGACGAAAAGCCCUCCUCUUCCUCCACCGCCAUCACGCAUCCACCAUCACAACCAUCCACCUCCUCCUACCAACGACAUCAAGAUGAUUCUCUCCCACCCUCGUCUUCCCUCCCGUCCAACCCCUCUGCUGCCCCACCGAUGCGAAGUACAAUGUCCACGCUAGCAGGGCGACCGAAAGUAACCGACCCUUCCAUCCAGAACGCUGUCUACAUUGGCGACCUCAACUGGUGGUCCACCGACGAAGAGAUUCGUCAAAUCGCUUCCUCCGUCGGCGUCACGCUGUCUCUCCAAGACAUCACCUUUUCGGAACACAAGGUCAACGGUAAAAGCAAAGGUGUCGCAUACGUCGAAACCGAGAGCGAAAGCGAUGCGAGAAAGAUCAAGACUUGGUUCGAGGAGAACGACUUUCAGUUCAAACGCGCCAACGUUACUCUGACGACAAGCGCGAACGGAAAUCCAUUCAGGACGCUACCGAAGGAUCCGCUGCCCAAAUCCGAGAGGGUAGGGAGAGGCGGUGGAAUGAUGGGUGGAAGAGGCGGCAUGGGUGGCGGUGUAGGUAGAGGUGGAGCUCCCAUGGCAGGUGCACCGAUCAGGAUGGGUGGUAACAAUGCCAAUGGUCCUCCACCGAUGGGUAUGAUGAACCCGAUGAUGAUGGGUGCAGGUGGCAUGAUGAACAUGCCCAUGGGCGGUUCGAUGGGUGGCAUGAUGGGUGCAAACAUGGGCAUGGGUCCAAAUGGCGGCGGUGGUGGCAGUCAACAGGAUGACCGCGAACGAAAACGUCAUCGGAUGGACGAGAACUGA